GAUCGAGAUUUGUGCAGAUAAGACCGACCGUCGUCAGCUUCAGUGUCACCGAUUUGGACCAUUCUUACAGAAAGCACAGGGAAUAGGAAAUUGAAGAUUCAGUGACAAUGGAAGAAACAAGUGAUGAUGAGGACUCUAGUCGACGUUCAUUCUCUUCAAUGGGCUUCGCCAACCUACCAGAGAGACAGGACAUUAUUGUAGAGAAGACAGAGAAGGAUAAGGACACACAUAAAGAGAAGGUCAUCAUGACAGACAAACGAGCCAUUGAAAGUGGACCAGGGGGACACUUCCUGGAUGAUAAUGGAGAGCCUCUGGCUUACUGCCGCUGCAGGAGCUCAGACUGUUCACAGGUCAUUGUAGCAUGUGAUCAUUGUGAAGAAAAAUGUGUUGGUGUGGAGGAACCAGCUGCUAAGUUCAUCCUCAAGUCUGCCUGCCCACCAAGUGGAGAAAAAACACCUAGUCUGUCAGUUAUCAACAAGGAAAGGAAGGAGAAGAAAGAAAAGACAAAAUUGGACAAGCCAAGUGAGAAGAAGAUCACAAAGACAAGGAAACAGUUUUUGAAAGAGAAGAAGAUGAAAAUGAAGAAGGAGGGGGUAAAGAAGAUGAGGUCUAAGAAGCUGAAGAUGAUGAAGACGAAGGAGAAGAAGGGUAUUGGGAGUGGGGAGAAAACGGGGGCUUCAGAGGCCGAUGCAUCAGGAGAUUACUCACCUGCAACACAUGCUCUGAAACUCACUAAGGCAGCACAGCGAGCCAACAGAAGGUGUGGUGAAUGCGAGGCUUGCAAAAGGAAUGACGAUUGUGGACAGUGUGUCUUUUGCAUGGACAUGAAGAAAUUGGGAGGACCAAUCAAAAUGAGACAGAAGUGCCGCUUCAAGCAGUGUCUCAAAAGAGCAAGCCCCAACAUUUUUGAACUCGGAAGCAUGUUCUUCACAUUCCCCGACCAAACCCCGAGACGGGAUGCUACCAUUGCCUGGUGCAGGGAGCAUGGCUUGUUGUCAACUCAAAUGACUUGUCCCAACUGUGACGACAGAUGCAAGGAGGCGAGGCGGGAAAGAUGCAUUGACAAAGUGGUAUGGCGAUGCAGGAACACCAAGUGUCGAAAAAUUGUAAACUUACGAAAGGGAAGCUUUUUUGAAUCUUCACACCUUGAGCUCUGGCAGAUUAUAGGGUUGUCACACAUCUGGGCUUCCAGCGGAAGGAGGGCACAGGGGCCUACGCAGCAAAGCAUCAUGCGAGACAUCUGCACAUCGUCAAGUGUGGUCGUCGACUGGAAACAUUUCCUCAGGGACGUUUGCGUCCAGUACUUUGCCAACCAACACGAGCAGAUUGGCGGACCGGGCAAGGUGGUCGAGGUCUAUGAAUCAAUGUUUACACAGCGCAAGAAAAGCGUAGGACGCCAGAGGCAACAAAGAUGGGUGCUCGGCGGAUACGAGCAAGCACGAAAGAUAGGCUUCAUGGUGGAGGUUCCAAGCCGUGAUGCUGCCACACUUCUUCCUAUCAUUGAGCAUUGGGUAGCCCCAGGCUCAGUAAUAUGGACUGACCUGCGGGGUGCAUAUGCCCAUCUUGGGAACCAGCCAGGCCUGGGAGACAUACACAGGACUGUGAACCACACGGUGCAUUUCAUGGAUCCUGCGAAGGGGGUGUGCACUAUGUGGGCCCGGGCAAAGGCUAAGUUUAAAGCGUCACAUAGAUCAACCAAACGCAACUCGUUCGGAGACUACCUCAAGGAGUUCAUGUGGUUCCAGCGCUUUGGCGACUCGGCAUUCUACCAGCUGUGGCUGCAGAUUGCGCACCUGUAUCCUGUGUAGCUCCUAACGAACCUGGCCUAGCUGCUCUUUUUAGACAUGAUAAAAUGUGCCUACAUGUAUCAAUCAACGAACACAAGUAUUACCCAUGGAUUUUCCUCGAAAUUAGGAAGCGCUUUUGAAUGGUAUACAGCAAGUACAUUGCUUUGUGCAGUUUACAUUCAUGUGAAGUUUUUUUUAAUUAUUUUAAUGUAGUAAGGAGAAUUUACAAAUCAAUCAGUUCAGGUUUCCUUCAUUUUUAUGGUUUAUAAUGCUCUGUUUUCACUCAUACUUUUAGACUAUUUUGUAAUUGUACAAUUAGCAUUGUAUUCAUCUAUUUGGCCUUAGAAACACUUUUUUUACAUCAAUUUCCGUCCCUUUCAGAUAAUAAAUAAGAUUUGGAAAGAAGUGAUGUCCAGAUUUGAUGUAUUUUUUAAGGCAAUUUCUUCAAUCAAAGUGAGGUGAAACUUAGCUUCCUGAUAUUCAAGUACAUAGUUUAAAGAAAAUAAAAUUAAUCAAAAUAAAAUAGUUUUUCAGUUAAGUGCUUAUUGUUAUUAUUAUUAUUCAUUUGGCCAAUAUAGAAAAAAAGAAUACAAUAAUAAUAUUGCAACGUUCACCUCUGCUUGUAGAAAAUACAGUUCCAUUGAGAAGGGAGUUAUGUUCAGAUUUGAUUUUUUUUUGCAGGCAAGUCACAGCGAAGUAAAACUUAGCUUCCUUGUAUACAAGUACAAAAGAAAAUAUCAUAUAAAUCACAAACGCAUUUAUAAGAAUAGGGGUGAAAUUUGCAUUUGAUACCCACUGGUAGCAGUAUUCGGCGAUGCCCCAUCCUUUCUCUCUAUUUACGACCUCAAUGAACCCUUUGUAUAGUUUGGCCUCCUUCUCCUUCCACAUGAAAUACUCGGGGGUUAUUUGAAAAUCCACUUCACAGUCAAACCACUCAGUGCCUGAGGAAAUAUAGUGUAAUAAACCAAAACAGACAGAAAAAGACAAUAAAGUGAACUGGUAACAUUGUA